UCCUUAGAUGCUACCUUCCCAUUUAUAUACAUCCAUUCUCAAGCCAUAUACAAUUUUCCUCAAUACAUAUAUAUUCACUCCUUCAAAUAAUUCUCUCUAAUCUUAUUACUUCUUUGAUCAAUAUUUCUUCAUUCACCACUUCAAAAUCCAAACCAUAUAUAAAAUGAACGACUUGUUCUCGGGCUCCUUCUCCCGUAACACCGAGCAAGCCUCGCCGGACGGCCACCACGUGAUCGAGAUGGCGUCUCCGCCCUCCUCCGGCGGCGUAAACCUAGAGAAGUUCUUCGAGGAAGUUGAGUCGGUGAAGGAGGAGCUGAAGGAGUUGGAGCGUCUCCACGAGAGCCUACGUUCGUCCCAUGAGAAAAGCAAGACCCUUCACAGCGCAAAAGCUGUGAAGGAUCUUCGCUCUCGCAUGGAUGCUGACGUGGCACUUGCUCUUAAGAGAGCAAAGCUAGUCAAGAUCCGGCUCGAGGCGUUGGACCGGUCCAAUGAAGCGAGCCGGAGCUUGCCCGGCUCGGGACCCGGUUCGUCCUCGGACCGGACGAGAACUUCUGUGGUGAGUGGGCUGAGGAAGAAGCUGAAGGACUCGAUGGACAGCUUCAACAACCUCAGACAACAGAUAUCGUCAGAGUACAGGGAAACCGUGCAGCGUAGAUACUACACUGUCACCGGAGAGAACCCGGAUGACAAAACUAUUGACCUCCUUAUUUCUACAGGCGAAAGCGAAAGAUUCUUGCAGAAAGCGAUUGAGCAGCAAGGGAGAGCGAGCGUGAUGGAGACGAUUCAAGAGAUUCAGGAGAGGCACGACACGGUGAAGGAGAUAGAGAGGAACCUGAAGGAGCUGCACCAAGUGUUCAUGGACAUGGCGGUGUUGGUGCAGUCGCAGGGGGAACAACUAGACGACAUCGAGAGCCACGUGGCGCGAGCCAAUUCGUACGUCAGGGGUGGGGUCCAGCAGUUGCACGUUGCCAGGAAGCACCAGAAAAAUACCCGAAAGUGGACCUGCAUCGCCAUCAUACUGCUCCUCAUUAUAAUCUUGGUCAUAGUUCUCCCUAUAGUUCUAAGAAACUGAUCCUCAUCAUGGUGGCUGCCAAGGAAUUUGACUUGUUCAAACCUUGUUAUUACUAUAAUAAUAAUAUUAGUCGAGUCAAUUCGUGCAGCCUUGACCAUUAGAAAAUUAUACCCUUCUUUUUUCGUGAUUUUUUUGGUAGCAUGUGUUGAUUAAUUUACAUUGGUACCAGUUUGAAGAUUGAGAUAUGUUGGUUUGGUUUGGUUUGGUUUCUAGAAGCGUUAGUUUAGGAUUACUUGAGAACUUGUCCGGUUUUGGCAUAUGCGUGGGAGCGGAGAAGGGAGGCAUGGUGGGACAUUCUUUAUUUUUGCAGAUAUGUAUAUUAUUAUUAUUUAUUGUAAGAAAAUUUAAUAAGUAGCUGUAUAUGCAUGGGUGAACUAGUUUAUGUAUUGCAGUAGUCAGUUCAAUUGUUUUG